UGCAGUUCUCACCUGACCGCCUGAAAUAUCGUAAUGGUGAAGAUGACUAUCAAGGUCACCGUCGCGCUAACCAUCGGUCUCGCCCUGGUCAAUCGAUCAAUCGCCGGCGUGAUACCGUUGGACAGUGGCGUUCUCCACGAUCAUCACUCCUCGGUCGCCAGCUCGUACAUGCACUUCCACGGACCGGUGCAGGGCCCGGAGUACGAGGUGAAAGUGCCGCACGUGGUGGUGGAUCAUUUCGGUGAGCACAAUUAUUUGCACGGCCAAGACCACGGUGAGCACAGACAUCACGACGGUUACACGGUCGACUACGUGGCGAAUCCAAAAUACGAGUUUUCUUACGGCGUCGAGGACCAUCACACCGGCGACUUUCACGGCCAAAAGGAGUCCAGGGACGGGAGCAGCGUGUCUGGCGAAUAUAGCGUGAAGGAUCCCGGAGGUAGUCUCCGUGUCGUGAGUUAUCACGCGGACAAGGAAGGAUUUCACGCGGUGGUUCACACCUCCGGGAAGAAUGAUCAUUCAGGCGGGGUCUACGGCGGUCAAGGACACGAAGCGGACGGUCAUCUUCACGAAUACGCCGCCGCCGCGCUGUCCGCUCAUGCGGGAUAUUAAAAAACCUCGCGAGCGCGCCACAACUAUGACUGAUUUGCUUUUGUACCUGUUAUAAUUAGAUUCCUAAUGGAUGUAAUUAAACUUUUUUUUUUUUCCUGAAUCCUCAACGUUUUCACUUUGUAUACCAAAGGCAAUGAUGGGCGGUCGCGUCUGACAUUUAUACGCAGAAACAAGUAACAGAUGUUGUAUGUCAUAUAUUUUGUAAAUAUAGAAUUUAUCCCCUUCAAUAAAGAGUACACGCGCUUGACGAAAUAAUAACUGUUAUUUUUCCAAUCUGCUCUUUAAACAAUCUGCUCUUUUCCUACAUAAAAACAUGAAAUUAUCGAUAAAACACGUAACAGGUUAUAUGAAUAGUGCAAAUAUAAGAAAUUGCCAAGUUAAUAAAGUUUUUCUAUAAAUAA